AUGGCUAGUCCCAACCCUCUCAACGUGUACAAGGGCAAAGACUCUAUUCAGAAGUACUUUGACCCGGAGUCUUCGCCGCCUCUUCCGCUUGUUGAACUACCCGAUUCUCUUAAUCCGUAUCAUCAAGAUGGAGUGCGCAUCUAUGCCAAGAUGAUGACUAUGCACCCUGCAAAUAAUGUCAAAGCCAUGCCUGCCUUGAAUCUUCUUCAAAAUUGUGUAGUGCCUGGAAAGACUAAAGCAGUGGUUGAGUACAGCUCUGGGUCGACUGUUCUUUCAAUGUCCUUGAUUUCUCGAGCCAUUCAUGGCAUCGACGACGUCCGAGCAUUUUUAAGCAACAAAACAAGCUCAUCGAAACUCCGACUUAUGCAAUUCUUCGGAAUAGAUAUUACCCUGUUUGGAGGCCCAUCCCAACCCGAGCCACUCGACGAAAGAGGGGGAAUAAGAGCAGCCCAGAGACUAGCCCAGCAGUCAGACGAAACUGUUAUAAACCCAAACCAGUAUGAAAACGACCUCAAUUGGAACGCUCAUGUUAAAUGGACGGGGCCGCAAAUAUUCCAACAGUUGCCAGAGAUCAACAUCAUCUGUGCCGGCAUGGGAACUUCUGGAACAAUGACGGGAUUAGGCACAUAUUUCAAAGAAGCAAAACCUUCAGUAUAUCGCUUGGGCGUGUGCACCGCACCCGGCGACCGAGUCCCAGGUCCCCGCUCCUUCGCCCUUCUAGCCCCUGUACAAUUCCCAUGGAAACGAGCGGUUGAUCAUAUAGAGGAAGUCGACUCACACAACUCUUUCUCCCUGUCGUUAGACCUCUGCAGAAACGGUAUCGUCUGCGGACCCUCUUCAGGCUUUAACCUCACUGGUCUAUACCAACUCAUCGAAAAGCGUAAAACCGAGGGUACUCUUUCAGAAUUGGCGGGGUCUGAUGGAACUAUCAACUGCGUGUUUCUGUGCUGUGACUUGCCGUAUCAGUAUAUCGAUGAGUACUUUGAUAAGCUUGGGGAGAGUUACUUUCCUCCUAUUACGAACCAGGAUCUUUUGAAAGUCGACUUGUAUCGAUAUGACGAGAAGUGGGAGCGAUCGGCUUCAGAAGCUCUCGAUGCUUUCUUUGAUGUCGACCGAGGUGCACUUCUCGAUAUGGUCCUCGCCGACCCCAAGAGUGGACUUUCAACCGCCAUCAACCUACAAAGCAUCCUACGCUCGAGACCGGACACCACUAUCAUCGAUCUACGGCAGUCACAAGACUUCAAGAGCUUUCACCUUCCUAGUUCUAUCAACAUGCCGUUUGUUCACAACAGCACACCAAGCCCAUUUUCAGACGCCAAGCUCCUAGAAUCCCUUUGGAAAGCACUCGAAGACAGUUUCAAAAGCCCGAAGCCAGAGAUGCAAUCCCUUCUGCAAGGUAAAAAGAUUCUUCUCACUUGCUAUGAUGGUGAUAGCGCACGAGUUGCCACUAGCGUUCUGCGUGCCAAGGGAUACGAGGUCGAUAGUAUCAAAGGGGGUUUCGGGGCUCUAAACAAGAUGCGCCAGAGUUCAAAUCAAGCUGGUGCAAGUGAUACCACGGAAUCAUCGUCUUGGGUGGAAUUAGCCAAGGAAGGGUUGAGUGUUGGUUCGUUACAUUCUGCUUCGGUUUCACUAUAG